AUGGCAGCAGGAGACCUUGUGAAUCAUACCCGUGUUGAUUCCACACAUCCCUGCUAUGAAAUGAACAUGGUUUCUCUCACACUGACUGACAGUCCCUCUUCAAACUGUGUUCUGUUGCAUGUUUUCCUCGGCUUUAUGUCUGCUGCAAUUGUGUGUGGAAACCUUCUGGUACUUAUUUCUAUUGUUUAUUUCAGGCAGCUGCAUACUCCCACUAACUUCCUCAUCCUCUCUCUGGCUGUGUCAGACCUGCUUGUUGGAUUUUUAGUCUUUCCUUUGAGUACAAAGUUCCCUAUGAACUUCUGUAUGUACUCUCGGGAUGUAUUUUGCAACUUACGAGUGACCUUCGAUCUGGCAUUGAGCACAGCUUCUAUUUUGAACCUCUGCUGUAUCUCCAUUGACAGGUACUACGCAGUGUGUCAGCCUCUGACAUACACAACUAAGAUCAAUACUAAUGUCAUUGUGGUCAUGAUCAUGUUGACUUGGAGCACAGCUGUUUUAAUUACAGUUAUGUUUUUCAUUGCAAGAAUGAUUUCUGAAAAUUGUCAGGAAAACUGUUUUGUCAGUAUUCUUCUUUCAAAUGCUUUGAUACCGGUGUUCUCAUUUUAUCUCCCAAUGGUCACGAUGGUGUGUAUCUACCUGAAGAUUUUAAUCGUGGCACAGAAACAGGCACGCAGCAUCCACAACACACACUCUCAGAGCACAAAGGCUGGAACAGCUGCUGCAAAAACAGGGGAAGGAAAGGCGACCAGAACUCUGGCUAUUGUCAUGGGAGCUUUCCUGGUGUGUUGGUUGCCUGUUAUCCUCUGUUUUAUGAUCGAUAUACUGAAUUCCUUGACGGUGCCAGGUGCAACAUUUGAAACCCUUUUCUGGAUCGGAUUGUUUAACUCACUGCUUAAUCCAUUGAUCUAUGCUUUCUUUUACAGCUGGUUCAGAUCAGCUUUCAGACUGAUUCUGACCGGGAAAAUAUUCAAAAGGAAUUUUUCUAACUCAAAACUCCAUUGA